AAUAAGUACAAACAUUUUUUUUCUCCACCACCCACAAAAGCACUCUCUCUCUUUUACAAGAAUCUGCUCUGAUUCCAAACUACAUUACUAUAAAUCAUUCCCUAGAUUUGUCCCUUCCUAAACGCAUAAACCCUAUAAAUACCCUCUCUCCUUUCUUCUUCUUCCUCAUCAUCCAUCCAUCCGCCUUUUCCUUUCUUCUCAUUCCCUCUUGCCAAAAUUAUGGUAGUAAUUGCCUUGCAAAUGGCUCCUCCUUCUUCUCCUUUCUCCCAGCACCUCGACGGAGCCGUUUGUCGUCGUUGUGUGUAUUGGGAAAAUGGCGGUGACGACGACGACGACGACGAUAGAGUUGAUGUUGCGCCUGCUGCUUGAUUAUUAACUAUUACUAACACUUGCAUUAUUAUGGGAGGAGUGGGGUUUUUGGGUUUUGGGUUUUGGGUUUUGGGCAAAAAUAUUAUACUAGUUAGGGUAUGGUGAUGGGAUGAUAUAUAAUAGGAAAUGUUAGUUUAAAAACUCUUACUAUUUUAUGUUUCUCUCACUGGUCUUGUGUAACCCUAAUUUUCUUUUUUUGGAGGGUUUAAUAUAUACCCUUUUCUUACCUACUAUAUAUAUUGUUUAUACAUCCUACUUAAUCAUAAAAGAAGUACUUAAUUAAAUUACUUCCAUGUUUAGUAAUCUUUCUUAAUUUCGAUAUUCACCUAUCUAUCCAUUCAUUUUGAAAUUAAAGUAUGUAUUUGAAAAAAAAGUAUAAAAUUACGAUGAUUUUCACUAGAUUUUUUUUAAUAGAAAAAAAGGAGUUUUGUAAAUUAUUUUGAUCUCUCUUAAAACUUAUAUAAUAAUCUAAAACAUUAUGUAACUUUACCCAUUUUCUCUCUUUACUAAUAAUAAUAAAUAAAAUAAAUAACACAAAGCAACAACAUUAUUUGAGAUUUUUUUCACUGCAUGCAUGGCUUUAGUUAAGGGAAAUUUCAAGUAAACAAUUUUAUAUUUUGCUGACUAAAAAGUUCACACAAGAAAUCAAACCUCAAUGAUUAGUCAAUCAGCUUACCAUAAAACAAAAGAUUAUUUAAAUAGACUCACUUUAAGUUUAUAUUUUUCCAUAAAUGUGUGUGUGUGUAUAUAUAGGUUUGCAGUUUAAUUAGUUCUUAAACUCGAUUAUAUUAACUAUUAAGCUUUAUAUUUGUUAUCUCAGAUCUAAUAAUGUAAUAUAUUAACUAUAUUAUUUUGCUAGUUUAUUUGUAAAUUGUUCCAAAAUUUUUAAUUUUUCAACUAAUUAAGAAAAUUCAAAUUUUUAUAAGGAGUAAAUUUAUUGAAUUAUCUAUAAACCUUGUCAGCUUUUUUUUUUUUUUAAUACUUAUUCUAUUAUUUCAUAAAGGUAUUGCAAUAUUAUAUUGUUGAGACAUUUUCCCAAGCUUUUUUAAAAAAAAAACUAUAUGUCCUUAAUUUAGAAAAAAAAAUUAGGAGCUCUUCCAAAUAUAACAUAAUUAGUUUUAUAAAUUAAGUCCAGGACAUAUCAUUUUUGUCCAAAAAUGACAAAAUUCAAGUCUACCCCACAUUUGGAAAAUGCAAAAUUACAAAAUUACUCUCUAGAACUAUAAACAUUUUUACGCAUUAUUUGAUGUGUUGUUGAUACACUUGAUGUGUUUUUUAAACACUUGUUAUUCUUGCUGAUACACUCGAUAAACUAAAUAACACUUGAUACACAUAAUUUGUUUGAUAUACUUGAUAUGUUGUUGAACUUUGCAAAUACACUCAAUCAAUUAAAUACAUUGAUGCACUAAACAUAAUACGUUUGUUGCAUUGUCGAUACAUUUGUUACGAUUUGUUCAUACACUUGAUGAGUUUAAUACACUCUCUCUAUAAGUUUGAUACACCAAAUACACUACUGAUAAACGUUUUAUACUUCACCGAUACACUUGAAAAAUUCAAUGCACUUGAUACAGUUCAUAUGUUUGAUACCCUUGAUGUAUUGAUACACUUUCUAUAUCUACCGAUACACUCAAUUGAUUAAAAUACACUUGAGAUUCUCUGUUGAUACACUUAAUAUACUUCACUAGUAAACAUUGAUACAUAUUAUAUGUUUGAUACACUAAGUUAUAUCAUUCAUGUACUUAAUAAUACUAAAACGAAUGUAUAUCAACCAACUAACAGUUUAAUACUAAAAUGGAUGUUGUGAAUUAUUUUGGACUAAAAGAUUAAAAAGAAGAAACUCUAAAAGAGUUUGGAAAAUUAUAAAGUCUCACGAAAAAGACAGAAUUUCAAAGUCAUAAACCAUAAAGGUUGGACCCAAAUUCGCCUUGGAAAAUAAAAUAGUUUAGAUCAUAGACUUGAACCAAGCUACGUUCAAUCUUGACCAAGGUUGAAGUUGAAGCCUUCCUUUUCAACGAAUUGGUUGAUUGAUCAUUAACCCAACUAAACAUGGAGAUCAAGAGAGGAAUAAGGUAUGCCAAAUAUAUCAUAGGUGAUCAAAUCCUCUUUAUUUUACAUCUCUCAAAGAAAGAAAGAAAAGUAAACUAAAACAAGGGUAGUGAUGAAACCACGUAACAAAAGGGUAUUUGUGAUCGAAAUCAAAAUUAAAAAUCAAAAACAAAAAGAAGAAGAAAAGAUCCCUUUGAAGAAAUACCACAAGAUAAUUUUGUGUCUUAAAUGAAACCUCUGAUCUUCUAGUUGUUUUUCUUUUUGACAAACCAUUCUCCUUCCUCCACGUUUUCUUAUUUUUUGUAUUUUCCAACCGUCUCCAUCAAAUAUUAAAAAAUAUCCAAAACAAUGAUAUAUGAUAACAAUUUCUUCUUCAACAAACUGAAACUAAUAAUACAUUAUUAUUACUUCUAUUAUCUCUUAAACCGUGCGGUGGCGCCGCCGUAGAACCAUGGCUUCGGCCUUCCAUUAUUACAGCUGCUGCUGCUGCUUCUUUUCCAUAAAUGGUGGGAAAGGCAAUAAUAGAGUUUCUCCAGUGAGGCCGAGGGCAGUGGCUCCUAAUUUUGAGGAAGAGAAAGUGAUCAAGUUGGGGGGUUCUGAAGUGAAGGUAAGUAGGCUUGGAAUUGGAGCUUGGUCUUGGGGAGAUAACAUCUAUUGGAAUAAUAAUAGCUUUGAUUGGGAUGUACACGUUAGGCUCAAUAAAUUCAGAAACUCUUCUAGGAAGGUAUUGUUUGAAACACUAAGGGAAUAUUUGAAAAACAACUUUAAACGGGUGGAUUGUUCUAUUACAGCACACUGCAUACGUUUGAGACUUCAAUAUCAAUUCAUUAAAGAAAGAAAGCGAAAGGAUCCUGGAUUUGAGAUCACAAUUGCUACCAAAUAUGCGGUUUUUCCAUGGAGGCUCGGUCGUCACAGUGUCGUAAGUGUUCUCAAAGAAUCACUUUGUCGUCUCGGUCUCGAAUCGGUUGACUUGUAUCAACUUCAUUGGCCUGGAAUAUGGGGAAAUGAAGAGUAUAUUGAUGGUCUUGGAGAUGCUGUUGAGCAAGGACUUGUGAAGGGUGUUGGUGUUUCUAAUUAUAAUGAGAAGCGACUUCGAGAUGCGUAUGAAAAACUAAAGAAAAGAGGUAUUCCACUAGCUUCAAAUCAAGUGAAUUAUAGCCUCAUAUAUAGAUUACCUGAAGAGAACGGUGUGAAGGCUGCUUGUGAUGAACUUGGGGUCACCUUGAUUGCUUAUGCACCUUUAGCUCAAGGCGUUCUAACGGGAAAGUACACACCAACAAAUCCUCCAAUUGGCCUUCGAUCCCUAGUUUACUCUUCAGAGUUUUUAGCAAAGCUUCAACCACUCUUGAAUCUAAUAAGGGACAUAGGAGAGAAGUACAAUAAAUCCCCCACACUAGUGGUGUUGAACUGGUUGAUAGCACAAGGAAAUGUGGUGCCAAUCCCUGGAGCCAAAAAUGAAGAACAAGCCAUUGAAUUUGUUGGUGCUUUGGGUUGGAGAAUUUCCAAUGAAGAAAUACACGAACUCCGCUCCUUCGCUUCUAAACUUCAACCUCUUUUUGGUCUUCCUUUUGAAAGACUCUAAAUUAGAUUAAGUCGUAUUUGCAUCCUUUUCAUUUUUAAAAGUUAAAGGUUUCAUUUGAUAUAUUUAUCGAUAUUAUGAAAUGAAAUAAGAAAUUGUAAUUGA